GUGUUAUGGGUUUUAUUACCACAUAUAUAUCGUGAAAUGACAACAGUUAAUCAAAUAUUGGACUUCAUACCUGUUGCAGAACGUGAAGUUGUGAUUUCUUCAGAUGGAGUAUAUAUGCCGCACAUGAGCGGAGACUAUUACGAAAUUCAGCCAGAGGUCCAAAUGCCAAAACACAAUGGAGGACAUAUUCGGAGUCAGUCUACCAACACAAGGAUGGACCCUUGCCUCCCGCUUUUGUGCAAAAGUUCAACGUGCCCCUUUCAAGAACAUUUUGGAAACCGAAGAUUUAAAACAGAUUUUGGCAGCAAUGCAGUCUUAUCAAGGCUCAUACGUUACUAUGAAUGUUUAAAUGAAGGCCAAACUUGGAUGGACGCAGAAGACAACCGGAUUACGUUGGGUGAUUUCGUUGACUAUCAUGUAAUCGGUAUAGGCCAGUUCAGUACGGUAUACCGAGCCAGGUAUCCAUAUUCUGGAAACAACUCAAGCUCUUUGAACGUAGCGAUCAAAGCAGUAAAGAUAUUUGAGAUGACAGAUGCAAAGGCACGUAACGACUGCAUACAUGAGAUAGACUUGCUCAAGCAUUUCAAAAAGCGGAAGCGUCUAAUUCCAGAGAAGACAAUAUGGAAAUAUUUCGUCCAGAUAUGCAGUGGUCUGGAGCACAUGCACUCCAAGCGCAUAAUGCAUCGGGAUAUCAAACCCGCCAACGUAUUUAUCAACGCCCGUGGUCAAGUCAAGCUUGGUGAUUUAGGAUUGGGUCGAUAUUUCAGCUCGAAAACGACGGUUGCACAUUCACUAGUCGGAACACCAUAUUAUAUGUCCCCGGAACGGAUCGAUGAGAAUGGGUACGAUUUCGCUUCGGACAUUUGGUCCCUUGGAUGUUUACUAUACGAGAUGGCCGCACUCCAGUCUCCGUUCUACGGCGAACACAUGAAUCUCUACCUGUUGUGCCGUAAAAUUAAAAGCGGGGACUAUGCACCACUGCCCGACUCUAUCCAUUCUCUUGAGACCAACCCAAAGGAUCGUCCCAAGAUUAAAGAGGUCCAUGAAGUCGCAUGCGAAAUGUAUCAGCGUCUGCAUGGGACCCCGGCAACCACUCCAGAAGAAAUGGAACGACCUUCUUCCGCGAGAGCAACAGCAUUUGGAGCUGCUCCACCGCAUUCCCCAAUUUGUCCCAUCAUGGAACCUGCUAGACCCCAGUAG